AUGGAGGAUGCCCAAGCCACUGCAAAAUGGGCAAAUCGUGUCCUGCGCCCCUUGACCUCCAUCUGCCGUCGAAUCGCAAAGCACAAAGAAACGCUGUCGAUAAUCGCAACCGAGUCGAAACCACAAGAAAUUGCAGAGGGUAGUGAUGUGCCUACUUUGGAAGCCGACCACAAACCAGAAAACCGGCACAACUGCUCAGGCUCGGAUGCGGAUCCGGAUGAAAACGACCCAGCUUGGAUUCCAGGGAAAAAGCCCGAGCGACGUCGGCCCAGACACAAAUAUUCGUCCAAAGUAGAGGAGACUGGAGGGAAAAAGCGCAACAGACUAUCAAUACACAGCCCAGAGGCCCCACGCACCCUGCCCGGCGCCAUUGAGGUCGCGACACCACUCAUCACUGGGAGGAGAUGGGAGAUGCCCCCGAGUGCACAGUCAGAACGCCCGGAAGGCCAGUUCAAUCCUAAUAUUCAACAAUCACAGCCGCUAGUCUUCCGUGAUCGAUAUUCGCUCCACAAGAGCCCUUGGCAAGAACUUCUCGACCAGUCUGGUGAUCCGGGCUUCGCCGACAUAGCACACAACCUUGAUCGCGUCUUCCAAAAUUUCCUUUGCAACACUGUGAUAUCGAAGCGAGGAGUGAAGCCCUUAUCUGAAACCAGCAGGCGUGGUGCUCGAUCCUUGCUGUCCAUGGUGACGCGAAGUCUACCUGAAUUUAUUGCGAGCGAGCAAGAAGCACAGGAUGAGUUGGACGAGGACGGGGAUGAAGAUAUGUGCGAUGCAUAUUUUACAGAGUUGGAAGCCUUUUAUGCGCCUCAUGGGACAGGCUGGAAGCCACUCCGCGAGGCUGUCCGCGCACAGGGUAUUUACUUGGUUUCUACCCUGAUACAGAAUCAUUGGAUAACAGAUUCAAUUGCCUGCGCGCUGAUUGAUAAAUGUCGUUCAUUUGCUCCCGAAGAAAGCGACUCAUUGCUCUCUACAUUGCUUUCUACCCGCAAAAAUUACCCAUACCCACAGGCUUUAAGGCCAGCGGUUGGCCAUAAUCCUUCGGAUCCGAUCCGAUUGUUACGCAAAUAUGCUCAUCAUGGUGUUGCAAAUCGCUCUUAUAUAUUCGACGAGCUUGCAAAGCUUCUAUUGCGGGGAGUGCUACCCCCGGAAUGGAUGGGAACCAAGUUAUGGACUAGCUGGAUGACGCGAGCAACGAUAUCCCUCUCGAAGGAGGAUGAAGACAGUCCUGCGGCUACACGGUUAAUUGAAGCUGUAAUUCUCUCAGCAAGUGAUAUCCGCCCUAUCACCGCUUCUCAGAGUUCUACACCAAAGUUCCCCGCGAAGGGAAAGAGUGCUCGUGCCCGUGCGACCAGGGUUGCCUCCACCACAGCGUGGGAAAUCUCGAAUCUUGCCCGGCCUUGUCCAUUGCAAGUGGAGGACGCACUGAGCAAUCACGUCAUAAGCCUCAUGGCAGCGCUCUGCGGCAUGCACAUUUCACGGUCUCGUGCAUCCGAUGACACGAAUUGUGCAAAUGGAACGAAGGCGAGCUAUAUUACAAGAUAUCUCCAUAUCGCUCUGCAACGAGAACUGGAAUCGAAUUCCGUCGCGCAGCGCCCUGAUAAUACCCCUCAUCAAUUGUUACGGCGUGGCUGCAUCUUGCUAGCCACCAGCCUUGUACAGUGCAACGACAAAAUUUUAUUGGACAAUCACCACCAUGUAAUGGCGUCAACAGUCAAUGUUGAUGCAUGCGUGGAGAUCAUAGCAUUUCAUUCCGACAUGGUUAGAGAGUUAGCAUUGUUUGUGCACCAAGCGUUUCGCUGCUUUAGAAAAAGCGCAGAGGAUGAAACCGAACAUACUAGCGGUGAAAUACGUGACAUGAUUUCGCAACUUGCCCGUUUGGCCCAUACACCAGCCUUGUCUGCCUUUCUUGGACGAGUGGCGGCAGAAGCUGCCAUGGAGUUUGCAGAAGCUACAGGAGAUCCCGAUGAUCAUAUGUGGGCCGUCGACGUCCAAGAGACGGUGGUCACAAGACAGCGUCAGGAAGAGACUGCCCAAAAGUCUUCGGAAGAACCCGAGGAAUCUAGUCAAAGUACAGGCCUGUUCCGCUGGGAAGAUAGCAUAGGCGAGUGGGUGGCAUCUACGCCCGCGACCAAGGGAAAGCCCAUCCUAGUGCAAAAAGCCCAAAGGCCCAUGCGUAUGCUAUCAAGCCCAGUGCCCUGCAUCGCUUCCUCUACAGACAGCAGCUCACCUGGCUCUAACCGUUUCCAAGUCUCUGUUCCAAGUCUGACCUCAUCUCCCCUGCCGAUGGCGACCAAGCGCACUUUCGAGGACGCCGAGGCCUCAUCCAUACGGCCUACGAAACGACAACGACCCACACCCGUGGUCGUAGUUGACAGGGGUGCAAACAGUCCGCAAAUACACUCUCCUACUCCGACUAGAUGCAAUUCUACUGUGGAACCAGUCACCCACCGAGACAUUCUGCGAGAGCGCAGCACCAACCUGACUAGACGGACGGCCUCCGUAACACAACAGGCACGGAAGGUUGAAGUCGUGAUCAUCAAUCACAGAGGAAGCAGCCCAUGUCAGCCUACCGUCCGGCCCACUUUCGAGCGUGCUGCAAAGCAGGUCCAUCGCACGGCAGAGAGGCGAAGGUCUACGCGCCCUUCAGCUUCAACCAUGCGUCAUAUUAUUGAGCCGACCCCUCAACAAAGAGUCAUUCCAUGUUACGAGGAUGACGACAGUGACGAUGAGCUCAGCUUUUUCUGA